AUGCGAGAAACACCAGGUAUGCCUCCUUCGAACUGGAGCGCUGUGAACUGGGGGGUGCGUGGAGGCGAGUUCCUCUACGACAUCCCCAACACUAUCCAGUCCAGCCGCACCGGCGAGGCAUCCGGCCUUGAGCUCUACCUCCUGGACCCCCCGACAUCCUUCAGUGGCUUCGAUGUCGGCGACUACACAAGAAUCCCGUUGGACACCUUCCAGGCCCGCCUGGCACUCAUCGUCAACUCAUUCUUCCACGCCAGCCUCAACACGAGCAAAUUUGUCGGUGCCGAUGGCGUCAACGGUACGGACAGCCCGGAUGACCCUUCAUUCCCGGGGAGCCCCUCGCUGCAGCACGGCAACGCGACCGGGACGUGGACGGAGUUCACGCCGUCGAGGUACGAGGUCAAGCCGGCCUGGUUGACGCUGUACCUCGUCUCGACGACCGUUCUAGCCGUCUGCGCGAUUGCGAGUGUCACUAUCAGCGCGCUCACACGUGCCCCGGACCUGUUCUGUGGCGUGUCGUCGUUGACCAGGGACUCGGCUUUCAUGACCCGCGUGCCUGAGGGAGGAAGUUCGCUCUCGGGGUCGGAUCGAGCGAGACACCUGCAGGAUGUGUGGGUAAGGAUUCAGGAUGUCAAGCCGGAGGAUGAUGUGGGGAGGAUUGCGUUUAGUGAUCAGAAAGAGCUGGGGGCUGGAGCUACUUUGCGCUGGGAGAGGAAGUAUGAAUGA